AUGGAAUACAAUUUUGGCAUAUUCUUAUUACAGAUUGACCUCCUGCAUGGCAUUUCAUUAUCAGUGGGCUGGAGAUUUAGACAGCAGUGCAGUAUUGACUCAGCCUGGCAAGGACAACUGGAAAAACAAGAUAUUAUCUUGUUGACUAAGCUAAUUCGUACAAAGACUGGGGACAGUCUUUACAAUCAGAUUGGAGAAGAGCAGGCAACAGUGCAAAUCCCACCAUCAGCAAUCUUGAAACUUCAAGAUCAAUGCAAUUCUGGACAGACAAUUGAUGAGAUCAGGAAGAUAUUGCCACCUGGAUAUCUUGCAACCAAAAGAAAGGUAAUUGUCUUGCAUUUAUAUGUAUCUUUCCUGAUAUACUUCAAGUUAAUAAUAAAAUAAAAUCUGUUUAUAACAUUUGCAAACCUUUUUUACCUUAGGUUGCUGAGCUAAAGACCAAAUACAAAUUAGAAUUUGAGGCUAUAAUGCAACCACAAAGAACAGCAACUGGUUAUCGCAUUGAGCCAGCCCGUUUGGUCGAAUGUCUGCAUUACCUUUACUAUUGGCUUCCUAAAGAACAGUGGUGGCACCUUUAUGGUGAUGGCAGAAAGUAUAGCAAGAAGGACACUGUUUUGAUGGCUAUUAGCAAUGUAAACAAUGAGCAGAAGUUAAAUGGAAUAAAAUUCCAAAGCCCGAAAGAAAUGUGGCCUAUUCAUAUUUUUCAUCACAAGGACAGCCGUCGAAACCUUGAGCUUAACAUUGGAGAUGGUCAUGGUGGACCAGGUAUAUGCACACUUACAUGUUAAACAUUUAUAAUCCAAUAUUAAGUUUUGAUAAAUUGACCAAAUCACUGUUAAAUUUUCCUAAAAUUGAAAUGAAAUACUCAUAAGCUGAUCAUUUGAACAAUUCAAGAAAAAUAACAUGGUUCAACAAAAUUGAUUUCAGUCUUGUAACUUUUUGUGGUGCUUGAACUCUCUGAAAUGGUACAAGAGGAAUUGUAACAUCUCUAAGGAUAAUUAGUGUUAUUAUAGAUCAUUUGUCCAUUAAUAUUGUAGGAUACUUAAAUGAAUGGAUUAAAGACAGUCAGAACCUGGGCCACCAGGUGUUCCUUGGUGCAGACUCUAAGUUCUAGUUUUAGUAACGUCUUCCAUCUCUGUGAUUUCUCUAAAAUCAGCCUUGAAUUUCCUCCAUGGCCACUUUGAAACAAUUUCCUUUGCCAAUUUCGUCUUGCCUACUCCACUAAUUCCAUGCAAAUUGACAACACACGAACUUCCCGUUGUCAACAUUGCCAUAACUUUCUCCAGGUCACGUUCCCUGCCGGUCAAACCUGAUUCUCCCUUUCCAGAACUGACUUCUUGUUGGUGGUUUUCCUUAAAUUGUUGAAUUUUUUCCUGUAGCGACUCUUUCUUGGGUGCUUUCGGGCAUAGAAACCCUUCCAACAAAGUCAGAUUGUCCUCCGAUACAAGACCCUGCUUAACGAAUAACUGGAGGCAUGAGUACAAAUCUUGUUCUCCUUGAUCCUCAAACUUGCCCCUAAAAUUAGUUUUUAUGGACGAUACGGCAUGCACUUGUUCUAUGGGGCUGAGUUCAUCGGACACUUCCCGAAGAAGCUUUUGGAGACGAGGAGAAAUGUCUCCAGAAGCGGAGAUUGUCUCGACGGACGCCAUCUUCGUUAAGCGUCGG